AGACAUAAGAUCACAGAAAACCGAAGCCAAAAAGAGACCAGACAAAAGCUAUCCGUUUCUUCCUUUUGGGUUUGUGGACCGAUUCGCCUCUGAUUACUGAGUCAUUUGGAUUGUGUGGAACCGUUCGGCUGUUCUAUUUUAACUAAACAUUUGGUGUUGUCAAGACUUUUCUUUUGGAGGAUUUUGUUCAGUCUGUGUGUUGUGUGUGUAGAAAAACCUUGUGAAAAAUGAUGCCAAUGUACAGAUACAUGGAUUCACACCCCGAGCAGAGAAACCAGACCUUCUCUUUCCCUCAAUAUCCUUAUCCGCCUUACCAACCAAACCCACCUAUGGCGAGUAUGCCUUGGCCUUAUGGUGUUAACUUUGGCUACCCAAAUUCCGUGCCGUGUCAUUCUUGCUGUAACCAUAAUGCUGCUGGUUAUAAUGGUUUCAGACCCUCCUACCCUCAAACUCCAAUGCCAUCACCUGUAUAUUUUGCCGGUGGUUAUCCUGCUCCAUAUCACGAGGCCUUCCCCGUCCAUUAUAUUCCUCCUCCUCAUUAUUCUAUGGAGCUUCCUAAAUAUGAAUAUGACAAGGCCAUGCUGGGAAGUCAUCACUGUUGUGGAUGUCCUAAUCACAGCCACCACAAUGCAAAUAAGGGUGUGAAGAUUGAAGAACAAGAAUCACCAGAUGUUGUUGAAAAGCAGGCAAAUGAAUCAUUAGCUCCAGCUCAGAUGAAGAACUACCCUUAUCCAAUUUUGUGGAUUCCGCCAGAGUACAUGAAGAGUGGGGAGCGAAGCAAGCUUUCUGGUCCGGAGAUUGUAGAGCAAAAGAAGAAUCCAGGUGAUGAAAGGCCUCCUGCGAGUUUGAAAUCUCAUGAAGAAGAUCAAAGGCGUGGUUUGUUACCUUUUGACAUGGACAACAUUAAAUCUUUGAUGCAAGGUGGAAAUGGGGAGCGGGUUCAGGAUCAACGGAGUGAGGACAAGAAAAAGGAAAAUCCAUUUCCAAGUUUUUGGAUGCCCUCCUAUGGCAAUAGCCAUGAUGGAGCUGGAAAGAAGGACAAGGACAUGGAUGCAUAUCAGCACAAGCAGAAUGGAGAGCGAAAGUCGCAACUCCCAUUCCCAUUCUUCUGGUUCCCUUUUGAAAAUAAGCAGAAGGAUGUUGGAAUGGAGGAGAAGGAGAAUGAGGGAAGUAAGAAGGUUGAUGCUACUGCAAUGAUUGUUCCAACGAAGCAGGCUGAGAGUAGUGACAAUGGAACCAGAGUUAAUGAAGGUAAAUCUGCUGCCCCAGGUGUUCUAGAGCGAAAGGAAAAAGAUGCUAAUCAGAAAGUCAUACCGGUGAAGCAAAUGGAGCUACCUAAAAAGGAGGAUGACUCUGAAGACACUAAGAGAAGAACAAGAGAAGUCCCUGUGAAGCAUGUGGAUGACAAUUUAGCUAACAAAUCUUCUGGUAGCAGUGCUCAAAGCCAGUCCUCUUCCCCAAAGAAGACAACGAAGCUACCUCCUGUUUGUCUGAGAGUUGAUCCUUUACCAAGUAAGAAGAAGAAUGGUGGUGGUAGUUCCAGAUCUCCUAGUCCUCCCGGUCAUAAAAAAGUCCAAAAAGAGACUUCAACCGACACUGCCAAGGCCUCUGCUCCGUGUAGCUUGCCAGAGAAGUUACAACAAACUCAACAGCCCCACGAUUGUAUUUCAAACCAUGGAAAGGAGGUGGCACCAUCCAAGGUGGAGAAAGUUAUUGAGGUAGCUGAUAAGGGAAUCAGCGAAAAAAAAGAUUCAAUGCAUGCAUCUCAGAUUCCUGUUGAUUGUAAAGAGGCUUCUACUAAGCCAACGGUUGGGAAAGCCGGAAAAGAUGGAAGUAAAUGCGAGUUCAAUGAGGAUCAAGGAACAGGGAAGAGUGGAGAUACAACAGCUCAGAAUGUGGAAGAGGGGAAGAAUACUACGGAGUCUGCUAAAUCAGAUGCUGCUGGAAGUAACUUCCAGAAAAAGAGGCUAUCAGAUGUAGCAGCUGCUGUCCUUAUUCAAUCUGCCUGCCGUGGGUUCAUGGUGAGGAGGUGGGAACCAUUGAAGAAACUGAAGCAGAUAGCUGAGCUACGUGAGCAAGUGAAUGAAAUUCGGAAUCAAAUCACAUCUCUGGAGAGCUCUGAUCUCAAGAAAAAUGACAAUCAACGAGUGGCAAUUGGAGAAACCAUCAUGAGACUUCUUCUAAGACUGGAUUCGAUUCAGGGUUUGCUCCCUAGUGUGAGAGAGAUAAGAAGAUCCUUGGCAAGGGAGCUUGUACUUCUGCAGGAAAAGCUUGAUGAUAUAACGUCCAAGAAAUCACAAGAUACAGCAGAAGAGGCUUCCAUUGUUAAAACUGUGGAAGAGAUCAAUUCCAAUGGAAACACCAGUGUCUACAUGUCGGAGCAGCAAGUAGAGGAAGCAGAAAAAGUUCAUGAAGAAUUCCCUGCUGGUGUCAGCGGUAACAGUCAAGUUGACACAGAGCCUUGCCAGGGGCAGGUGACACACACCAUGGAAUCGCUCCCAGUGGAAGUCAAGGUACCAGAACUCCCUGAACAUAGAGAGCUGGACACAGCAUCUGAGAACAGUCCGUACGAACUACCUGUGCCUGAUGCUGGACAGGCAGUGGUGGCAGAUCCGGUAGUGGCCAGUGAUGCUGCUGAUCAUGAGCAAUGUGGUGAAGCUCCCUCUCCGGCCGAAGACAAGGCAGACCAUAGUGUGGUUUCCGCUCCUGAACUUCACGCGAUACCUCCAGAGUCGAUUGAGGAGUUGUGCGACGUUGCAGUUGACAAUGAACCUGCCGCCUCAGAGCCUGAAAAGGUUGAACCAUUAGAGAUGAGCAAGUGUGAAUUGGAACAAGGUGGAGAGGUAGAAAUCACGAUGUCACCAGAUAUUGCUUCUCCAAUCGCCACUGAUAAUGUGAUUGAUGAGAAAGAAGCGGUAAUUCAGGAGCAGGCAGACGCAAAACUGCCACUAGGCAAAACCGCUGGAGACAGUGGUGCAGUAUCUGAGUUGAAAAAAGAUGAAGAAGUCCGUAUAGAGAAGGAGAAUGAAAUCUCAGAAAGUGAAGAGGAAAGUCAAGGAGUACCUCUACCACAGCAACUACAAGAGGGUACAAUGAAGGAGGGAUGUGAAGUUGAUAAGGGAUUUCGAGUACUUGAUCCAGAAGCCGAGCAACAGCACCAAAACGAUGCAAAUAAAGAUGGUCUUCUGCCGGUGGUCUCUCAAACAUUCGAAUCCCAAGCAUUGAACUUACCUGUUGAGACAAGCACUCAUGAUGUGUGGCAUGAAAAUGGACCUUCAGAGCUAAUUGAUGGUGGUGAUACUGGCUUUUUGAUAUUGGGUGAUGCCGACAUGCCUAAUCAGGAUGAAGUACGAGUGGAGAGAAGUGGAGAAGAGUCGGAAGACUAUAAGAACUUGCAAGUAGUAACAGUAGAAGACAAUACAGAGAUGCAAGAGAGCAAAGCUGAAAGCAGGGACGUUGAUAAGGAACAGUCAAAUGCUGCUGACCACGCCAAAGAGAAUGUCCUCCUCGAAAAGAGCGAGUCAUUGCCUGCACCAUCAAUUGCAACCGAGGUUUCCUCCGGUGAUGGAAUUGUCGCGGGAGUCGAAGGUGCCAGAAAGCUAAUCGAGGAGAAUGAGAAGCUGAGGGAAACAAUGCAGACGUUAAUGGUAGCAGGAAAAGACCAGUUACAAGUGAUAUCCGACCUCACCGGUAGAGUGAAGGAUUUGGAGAAAAAGCUGGCCAAGAAGAAGAAACUAAGGACAAGAAGGUGUAGUAGGGCAGCAACAUCUCGGUCUUCCUGUGUCAAGCCAUCAAGCAAUCCCUAGAGGGUGAGAGCUAGUGUUGCAAUGUGAACAAAAUUACUUGAUUAUGAAGCUUUUCUUGUACCGAAAACGCAGUGUUGUAAUGUUGUCUGGGUGUGAAUCUGUGUACCAAAAUCUGUGUCAUCCAAAAUAUGUGUCAUCCAUACAGAAUGGACUAGGAAACAAAGUUAUGAAAGACGAAAUGCUUCCCGACUCCCAAGCUAGACCAGGAACCAAGUCCUCUCAAAGAGCUUGUUCCAUAUUUCCAUUAGAAAUGGGUGACAGCAUUAGAGCCUUUGCCAUGAACAUGGUCUGAAAAUUCAUAUUAUUCAUAACAUUGACUGAUUUUUGAGAUUUUGUA